ACAACUUUCUCCUUAACUAAUAAUUAGAAUCAACUAAUAAUUAGAAGUCUCUACUAAAAUAAACAUCGCCAUGAAGGUCUUCAUCCUCCUCCUCGUCGCCACUGCCUCCAUCUCCGCCGGGCGAAUCGACCCUUCUUUGUCGCUCGCCGUCUACAACGGAGAAACCGAAGCGAUUCUCGAACUUCCCGAAGUCAUGUCGGUCGCCGACUCCAACGCCGCGCUCUCCUCCCUCCCCCGCGACGCCAAGGUUUCCGCUCUCGUCGCAACUCUUCAAGGUCUCACAUCCGCCGCCCAGGCUCCUCUGAUCUCCGUCGCUGCCUCCCUCGGCCUCGCCACUGAGCAAUUCUGGGCCUCCAACAUCAUCCUCGUUAAGGGGCUCACGUCCGAGAAAUUGGCUCAACUUGCCUCCACCCCCGGCGAUUUUGUCAUCCGACCCCAUUACACAGCCAUGCUCCACCCCACCACUCGCGGUCCGGAAGUCGCCCCGCAAGACAACACCACCCAGACACCACAAUGGGGCGUAGCCAAAAUUAACGCACCCGCCGCCUGGGCAACCACACAAGGAGAAGGAAUCGUCGUCGCCAUUAUCGACACCGGCGUCAACCUUCGUCACACCGCCCUCACCGAAGGAUACGCCGGUGCUUGGUCUGACCCGUUCUACAAUACGGCUGACCCCACUGACGUCCAAGGACAUGGAUCCCACUGCGCUGGAACAGUUCUCGGCCGCGCAAAUGGUAUCGGUGUCGCUCCUGGGGCACGAUGGAUAGCUUGUCGUGGGCUGAACAACAAUGGAGGGACGACCGAAUCUGCUCUGACGACCUGUGCCCAAUUCAUGCUCACGGCCAACCCUAAACCACACAUUGUUUCGGCCUCUUGGCUCCAACCCUUCGGAUCGGGAUGGUUCAACAGCCAGAUCUCGGCGUGGCGAAGUGCCGGGAUUAUUCCAGUUUUUGCCCUUGGAAAUUCUGGACCUUCCUGCAGAACGACGGUGGAUCCAGGAAAUCAGCCCAAUUUGAUCGCUGUGGGAUCUACGACUGAUACUGAUGCCCUGUCUUCGUUCUCUUCGAGGGGACCAAGCCCAUCGGGAGCACUGAAACCACAAGUCUCUGCCCCAGGAAGCAACGUUGUUUCUUGCGGAACUGGUGCCAACAAUUACGUCACCAUGUCUGGAACCUCAAUGGCCACCCCCCACACCGCAGGAACUAUUGCCCUAAUCCUCUCAGCCAACCCUACUUUUGGCUACGAUGAGGUUGUGAAUGCCUUAUCCACGUCAGCUUUCGAGCCUCCACUUUCGAACGCCGACAGGAACUGUGGUUUGCCAGGGUCGGGAGAUUUCCCGAAUAAUGCAUACGGUUACGGGCGUAUCGAUGCUGCCGCUGCCCUUAGAGUUUCAGUCCGCUAAGUCUGUUGGAAUUUAGACAAUUUUUAUGACUCAAUUCAUUCAAAGAAAACUUAUUUUCUCACAAAAUUUCUGCGACAAAAUAAUAACUGCACAAAAUCUUAAUAAAAUCUGAAG